CGAUUGCACAAGGCAGCGGCUAUAUAAAUACGAUCGAUAUCAACGUCUAUCUGUUUAUUCGGAUCGCUGAUCGCGAAGACUAAGCAACGCUACCAGGAGAAUACCCGGGGAGAAUACCUAGCACCAGAAGGUUUGAGAGAGUGAAUUGAAAAUUAAAAAUGGGAAAGGGAAGGAGAAGCAUCAGAAACCGUCAAAUGCCCGUGGCUGCACGACCCAAGACAGGCAUGGCACAGCAGAAAACAGCCACCAGCAGGCGCGGCUCCAGGUCACCACAAAGCACCAUCAGCAUGGAACCGCCCCAAAGCCAAAAUCUUCCCAACCAGCAAGUUCAACAAUUCAUCUCUCAUCUUUUGGUGCUAGGGUUUUCCCUGGCGAAGUUUGCAACUGGUGGGUUUGCUGGUGAGGGAAAGAGCCGGGGGGUAAUGCAGGGAUGGGGCAAGGUGGUUGCUGACUCCUGCUGCGACACCACGGAGACUGAGGUGGCGACUGCGAAUGCUUUCAGCUUCGUGUGCAAGUCGUGCAAUGCCGUGAUCAGUGUUGUUCUUGGCGAAGAAGAAAAUGAGAUCAUCAAGCGACAUGACGAGCAGAGCCCACACUGUAGCCGCGACAAUGCCAAGGAGAACACGAAGACCUCGGACCUUGAGAAGAAGCACACUGAAGACAACCACAGUGAUAUCAAGGAGAGGGAAGACGCAACGAAGAUGCAAAAGCCCAUUGGUGGUGGUGCGAUUAAACGAAAGCCCGUCUCUAUUUCAUCCUUGGAACAAGAUAUUGUUUGUGACUACGACUCCGGUACUGAAGAAACAAUUGAUCUAGAAGCUGUGGUAACCGAGACCCGGAUGUCCGGGAGAUUUGCUACUGGAAGAGAAAAAGUUGUAACUGAUGCGACUGCUACAUCCAAGCACCUGGUUGCUGCGAAAUUGACUUCACCGAAUGCGGGUCAAGAGGGAACAGUCGGCGAUCAGGAGCCUGUUGCGUUCCCUAAGCCGUCGGAUAAAACUCGACGAGAAGCAAGGCCUUGGGAUCCAAGGAAUGCAAAGUAUCCACAAUUCAUUGAAAAGGCUGAGCGUAUGCACAGUUUGUAUUCUUGGGACAAGCGGGGUUACUGUCUUGGAGACAUCGCAGAUGCUGGACUUAUACAGUUAGAAGGGAUUAAUCGUGAACUAGUCUGUUUCUUCUGUGGAGUGACAGUACCCUGUCUAGAGAAACAUGACGAUGCUUGGAUUGAACAUGCGGUGCGGAGCCCAGAUUGUGACUUCAUCAGACAUAAAAAGGGACAGGGCUUUCUAAAUGUGAUUAUUGACAUUUAUCUUGAUGGUAAUAUGGAAGCAGUCAAUGCCGUUGCCGCGCUGACAGCUCCUGAUAUACGAAAUGAAACAAUUAGGGACAACAAUAAAACAUCAACAAACUCUGGUGCAACUGGCAUAAGUCUUGGCGCAACUGACUCGCAUGGCACGACUGACUCGAACUACGGUGCAACUGGCUCAGACUAUGGUACAACCAGCUCAGGUCCUGCAACAAUGAAUAAAAGUGAAUCUGUCGCACCUCCAAACUUCCGGGGUGGUCUGAAAGGCGGGGCACCGGUUACUGUAAACAACCCGCAAACAUAUAGCGCACCCAGUCAAAAUAUUUCAGGCGCUAGUUCAGCCUUCCCGGCUCAGAAGUCUUCCAACAAUCCACAAACUGCAAAGAUUACAUCAAGUCAAAACACUUCAAACCCGGCUGUGCGUAAGUCUACUGAUUCUAAACCUAAGGUCAGGGCAUCUCAAGCCCCAAAACGUGAGGUCCAAGCAAGAGAGGUCAGAGCUCGACUGGAUACCGAAGGAGCACAACGGAUUAUCAAAAUGGGUUACGCAGCUCAACUGGUUGGCACAGUUAUCGCAGAACAGUUGAUCUACAAUGGAGACGACUUCAAAUCUUUUACUGCCAUGAUGAUGGCCGUCAUGGAAGCUGCUGAGAUGGGUGAUGCUUUCCCUGCCAAUCAUUACGACUUGGGUUUAAAUUCGAACACUUCAAAGAGUACGCCUCCGAUGUCGAAAAGUGAGCCCGCACCAAUUAGAUCGCCAUCCCCAGCGAAACCAAGCCCUGCUCCAGAGCGGGUACCCUCUCCUAAACCCAUCGGAGAUGAGAUGAGAUCUCUUGAAAUUGAGAACAGAAGGCUAAAGGAAACCCAGACGUGCACUGUUUGCAUGGACUUAGAACGAGAUGUCUUGUUUGUUCCUUGUGGACAUUUGGUUGUCUGUCAUAAUUGCUCCACUCGGUUGAAGUGUUGUCCUUUGUGUAGGCGAGGUAUCAAAGGUAUUGUCAAAGUGCAUUUGUCAUAAAUGAUAGAGUUACGGAGACAUGGUCGGAUCUCUCGCUGGUCGAGUACAUGCACAGAGUUCCAAUCUAUUCGUAAAGAUGUCGCUACUUUCGAAGUUUCGUGGCGUUGAUGUUUUAUUGGUGUCGGUGUAUUAUCUGCGGUGCACUUUAUUUUUCAGCGUUUCCCCUAUUCACGGUUUAAGCGACCACUAACUAAAUAACAACAGUCGAGACCUGAGACACUCGCAGACACACUCACCUCUUUUUGCUCAAUUUUGGAUCUCGAAUUUGAAAGACUGAAAGAUUUACGAAGGUGAUAUGAUAUAAAUGGUGCUAUAAACAAAACUGUUGGAACAACAGUACAGUGUACAUAAACUGUAAUGAUAAAGUCGUCAAAAUACAGUAGGCCUGUAAAAUCUUACCACUUUGACCGUGGCUCCUUACGAGUAUUUUUUGGGCUGGGACUGAUUAUUAUGGAAUGUUUUAUUCACUUGUAUCUUAUUGUCAUUCCCUUUUAUAGAGGUCAAUAGAAUUUUUAUUAUUAUUAUUAUUAUUAUUAUUAUUAUUCAUGUUGUGGUGGAUAGCUUAAAUUUAAAUUAGCUUGCAAUUGAUUUCAUAAUAAACAAUUCCGCCUAAAAAGUACUAUACA